GCAGUUCAUCAGCGAGCACAUCUCCAGUUCACACUGCUCUACACACCGAGGAGAACACAGCAGCUAAUGAGGUGAAACGUUCAGAUCAUUUGGAUUCACAAAAGCCAAACAGCGGAACCAUGAAUAGAUGCGGCAUUACCUCGUUUCUCUUACUGUUGGCAACCUCUGAGUUGUUUGUGGUGGUUCUCUCAGAGAACAGCACUGGAGGUACGGCACAGAAGAAUCCUCAUGAACUGAACUUUACUCGCCACAAAAUCUUGACCGCCCAGUUUGAAUGUUACCAGAAGAUUAUGAAAGAUACUAAUCACAACAAAACAGAUGGUUCUAUGUGUAAACGGACAUGGGAUGGGUGGCUAUGCUGGGAGUAUAUGGAACCAGGAGUCACCUCAGCCCAGCACUGUCCAAACUACUUUGAUGACUUUGACACCUCAGAAGUGGCGACGAAGAUUUGCACUAAUUCGGGCCAUUGGUUCGUUCAUCCAGAGAGCAACAGAACAUGGAGUAAUUACACCGACUGUAAGCUUAAGUCUAACGAUCACAAAAAGACAGCGCUUAAUCUCUACUACUUGACUUUGAUUGGUCAUGGAUUAUCGCUGAUAUCUUUGUUUACAUCUCUGGGGAUAUUUUUCUACUUUAAGAGCUUAAGUUGUCAACGGAUAACUCUACACAAGAAUCUCUUCUUCUCCUUUGUGUUAAACUCCGUUAUAACCAUCAUCUUUUUCACUUGUGUCGCAAACAACCAAGAAGUAACAGAAGCAAACCCAGUGAGCUGUAAAGUGUCAGUGUUCAUCCAUCAUUAUCUGCUGGGCUGUAACUACUUCUGGAUGCUGUGUGAGGGGAUUUACCUGCACACACUCAUUGUGGUGGCAGUUUUCGCAGAGAAACAGCACCUCAUGUGGUAUUACCUCUUAGGAUGGGGCUUCCCAUUAAUACCUGCAUUCAUCCACGCAAUAUCACGAAGUUAUUACUACAAUGACAACUGUUGGAUUAGCUCGAACACUUCUCUGCUCUACAUUAUUCAUGGGCCCAUCUGUGCAGCUCUGUUGGUGAAUCUCUUCUUCCUUUUGAACAUCGUGAGAGUGUUGAUCACUAAGCUGAAAGUGACGCACCAGGCAGAGUCCAGUGUGUACAUGAGGGCCGUCAGGGCCACAUUAAUCCUGGUACCUCUGCUGGGUAUUCAGUAUUUACUGCUGCCCUACAAACCUGACGGCCGGCUCGCAUCUGAGAUAUUCAUACACACAACCAACAUACUUAUGCAUUACCAGGGCCUUUUGGUUGCCACAAUAUUUUGCUUUUUUAAUAGCGAGGUUCAAGGUGUGCUACGACGCCACUGGAACCAGUACCGCACCCAGUUUGGCGGCACAUUCGCUAACACAGCCCUGCGAUCCGCAUCUUAUACGGCCUCCUCCAUGACAGAAGUCCACCGAUGUUACAGCAUCGACGGUCACAUGGAGAGUUUAAACGGCAAGACUUUUCACAAUCUGGAGAGCACCAUUCUCCGAUCAGACAACCUGUACAUGUGAGGGACUCGUGGGAGAAAAACCUCAUGGACAGGACUAAAAUAUGUGUGUGUAUAGAGGUCUACGAGACAAACAUCUGGACCUGAGACGACAAGACGUCUUUCGUUUUGCCUAAAGGCCUCAGUUUCAUGGAUGAUACUGUAUUUUAUAUGGAAUAUUACACUGAUGGAAUUGAACUCUGCGGAGAACAUAACUGAUUGUCAGUCUUUGAUUGGAAGGAGGUGAAUUUGGGUUUUUUUUUCCUCUUGGGUAAAACUAUGAACUGUGGAUCAUACCUGAAUGAAGCUUUUUUCUUUGUGGCACUGUGUUUUUGUUGGUGAGGGUUGAGCCAUUGGAUGACGGAUUCAACAUUCAUGGAUCUAUGGAUUAUUUUGGCUCAAAGAACCUGUAGAGGAAGAAAGGAAAACACAACGUAAAACACUAAAUCUUCUGGAUGUGAUUUCAGAACAUUCUGAUGACCUUUGUCCUGCUCUUUUUUCCAUCUUGUUAGCAAUUUUGUGCAGGAUUGGGUAAAGUUACUUUUAAAAGUUAUAUCUUGCAAUUUAGACUUACUAAAUGUGUGCUGCGUAACUAAACGUGCAAGUAUUUGUUUUUUUUUUUGCCUCUUUUUUGGUUUGUUUGUUUAUAAAGGAAACCUAUUAUGCAAAAAUCACUUAUAUAAGGGGUUUAAACACAGCUGUAUGGCAGCAUUGUGUGAACAUAGCCAGCAUCUUUGGAAAAAAAAUUUAUUAAUUAAUUUUUUAUAAUCACACUUCAUAAAAACAGCGUGCAAAAACGCUUUGAUUUACAUUCUCCCUUUGUACGCGUCAUCAGAGGGGGAAAGCCCCGCCUAUUAGUCACUAUCUCUCCCUCAUUAGCAUAGACAGCCCUGAGUGAAAAGCAGCCAUCCAUCAGUAGAGAUAAUGUCAGCGACUAAGAGGCAUUAUAAAUGUUGUGCUUUAGCAGGGGUGUCAAACUCGUUUCAUAAUAGGCUGAAGCUCUGCAUAGAUCCAACUCUUCUCCAACACACUUACUGGUCACACUUUAUUUUGAUGAUCCGUUUGUUGAAUUAAGUUACAUUGCAUCUACAUGCCAACUAAUUCUCAUUAGAUUGUAAGUAGGUUGUUAGGUUGGGGUUAGGGGUAGGGUUAGAGUAAGUUGACAUGUACUUGCAAAGUUUCUCAUAGUCAGUUAAAUGUCUGUUGAAGGAGAAGUAUCAACUGAUAUUAAGCAGACAGUCUACUUAUACUCAAAUGGACCAUCAAAAUAAAGUGUUACCCACUUACUUGUAGGUUACCAACAAGCCUGAAGGACUCAAUAAGUUUGAUCAGGUGUGUUUAAUUAAGCUUGGAACAAAACUGUGCAGAGCUGCGGCCCUCCAGGAACUCAGUUUGACACCUGUGCGCUUUAGGAUGCACAAACGAACACCAUAGUCUCAAAAGACCAGUGUUUCCCAACCCUGUUCCUGAAGGCACACCAACAGUACAAAUUUUCAACCUCUUCCUAAUCAAACACACUUGAAUCAACUCAUCAGAAUGUAAGAAGAGACUCCAAAACCUGAAGUUAAUGGGUCAGAUAAGGGAGACAUCCAAAAUAUGUACUAUUGGUGUGCCUCUGGGAACAGGAGUGGGAAACACUGCCAUAGACUACUGUCUGCGGAGCAACUUAUUUUGAGAUUUUCAGUUUUUUCAUAGAGAUAACAUUAGUCAUGUAUUGAAAGUGCCAUUAUGAUGUUGCAUAGGAGCUCAUAGCUCUGCCUUGUUUUGAAAUCAACAAAAUCUCAUUUGAAUUUAAAGCGGCAGUCACCAAAACUACACAAUUUGGACAGGAACCUAAAAGGGGCAGUUUCAAAUAGUUUUAAAAAUUAUUAUGGGGUAUUAUGAGCUGAAAUUUUAACAUACACACUCUAAGAACAUCAGAGACUUAUUUUACAUCUUACACACUCUAAGAACAUCAGAGACUUAUUUUACAUCUUGUAAAAAAGUAUGGAUGGCUGACGUGAAACUGAUGUUUCGACAUGGUGUUGAGAUCCCGAAUCACAUAUGUUUCGAAACACUGCUCCGAAAUGUUUCAAAACAUUUAGGUUAUGUGAUUAAAGCGAUUCAAAGACCCGGUGAUUACACAAGCAUUCCGAUCUGCCCAAUCUGCCUUUGAUUGACAGGGUCGAAAAACGAAACAACAGUCUAGUGGACAGAACAUGUAGAAAAUGCAACUGUACUGCGAGUGACCUCGAAUCCCAGAUUAUGGUUCAACGUUUUUUAUUAAUGUAGAUUAAACAACACAUAAUUAUUCACAAAGAGUUCAUUCGGAUGUCAGACCUAUGUAAAAACAAAACACACAACAACAGAGCGAUAAAAUAACAAAUUUUAAAUAUUUAUAAUUGCUUCGUCUUUGAUUCGAACCCAAUACAUCUGCAUGCCAGUCUAGAACACUAACCACUUGGGUUGUCACGAUACCAUUGAUUCAUCUUACGAUACUAUACCAGCUGAAGUAUCACGAUACCAAAUAGUGUUGCGAUACUGUAAUCCAUUACUCAAAUUAUAAAUAAAAUUGUCAGAAAUACUAUAUUUUAUAUGUUAUAAUAGGCCUACUUGUUAAAGUUAAUUGAUAAUUCCCCUAUUAUUGAAAAAAGUAUAAUUUGCAUGUCAUUUCACCAAAAAUGUAUUCAUUCUUUUUAUUUUGUAGAUAACUGACCAACAAAAAUACAUUAAAAUAAAGAUACAAAUAAAUGAAUUCUGUUACAAAAAAGCUUUUUUCCAACAAAAAUAGGCUAUAUGAGGUGGUCAAAAUUGUAUCAAUGUUUCAUGUUGCUAUUUUGGGGUUUUUCAUCAAUACUUUUUUUUUUUUUGUCUUAUCAAGGUAGCAAUCCAGAGUAAUUCAAAUUUUCACUUUGUGUGUGGAUCUUUUUUAAGAGAUUGCUGUGGUUGUAGCUACUAAAUCAUAUUGACAGAAACAGAAAUGAACCAAUUGACCCUUCGCUAAGCCCCGCCCUCCUUAGUUACUGUUCCUACGCCUGUCAAGCUUUCGUGCCUGGCACGUCGUUUUCAAUGUGUAUGCGCCGGUGUCAGACAUUCAGGAUAUAAUAUAAUUAGUCAUUUUUGGCGAACAGGUUAGAUAUCCGAGAAAGCCAGACAAAAAAGGACAGCAGUAUGCAUUACAGGAGUAUAUUCACGACAUAAUAGGCGACUGAUAUAAUUCAUAUAUAUGAUAUAACUGAUGAAUAAUUCAAUCAAAAUUAAAGCUAGCUUAGCCUAGCCGCCUUAUGCGCUCACCAUUUAAUAGCUUAGUUCAUGCACAGCAGGAGAGGAGAAAUUUAAAAAUAAUCUAAAUAUAACAAAUUAAACCGUGAUUUCUCUAUUUUAGCCAAAAAUCCUGAUAGAAUAAUUGUUGUGCAAUGAAAUAUAGCGUUACUAACCAACGAGGAAACACGCAUGGACAGUGCUUCUACAUCAUUCAUACAUAAAAAGAACAGCCAGAAAGGGGAAAUUGAUGGAUUUGUGCUGAAUAUUAGCAUUUAUCGACCUAUAACAAUGUACAGUAAGUUACCUAUUACCUUGCUCUUUAUAAAUUACGUUACUGAAAUACUGAUGCUCGUAAAGUAUAUUGAUCGCAAGUGCUCAGUUUGUGAUCACAUCUCUGUUUUGUUCUGUUGAUUUGUAAUUUCAAAUAUUCGUAGCUUGAAACAGAUUGAAUAUGAUGUUCAGUAAUGUUAGCAACAGAUUCGCAGAUUCGUAUUUUCCGGAUCAAUAACUCAUUAUGACCUAUUCGUUAUUAGUAUGACUAAGUUACUAUGGCGAAGGCUUAAACAGAGCAGUGCUCAUAAUAUCGAGCGGGUAAAAAAGAAAAAGACAGCUGUGAAACAUGACCUGCUUUUGUAGGAAACACAGUUUAGAUCUGUUUAGGGUAAGAGGUGUGUGAGUUUUUGCCGUCUAUCACUGAAUGUGUCAGAAAUAUCAAAACAAAACCAACUUGACUCCGCUCCUUUAGCGCCCCUCACAGCGCUUGAUCCAUGCUGGCAUCCCUCCCCUUGGGUUUCUGGUUUUGAAAAGGGUAAAAAUUCCACCACACUGUGCAAACUUUAAGGAUACCGGGUGUCAGAUUUGCACAAUCCAUAUGCACAACUCUAUGACCUGUUUCCCUCGCUCGAAAUCUUGACAGAGCCCCUGCGCGUAGCUACAGUUGCUAAGCCACGAUUGGUGGGUGGUGUUUUUUGGGUGUGGCUUAGCGAAGCGUCAAUUCAGGUGUUUCGUUUAAAACGUCGGAAAACAUUCGAAAACAUGCAACCUUAAAGGUCUCCACAGACUAUUCAAAUAAAAUAGUCUGCACAAAUGUGUGAAAAUUUCAGUGACUUUUCCACGUGCAACUAUAUUUCAGAAAGACCAUUAAUGACGAUACUACCGUUUACAAACUACAGUGGCGCCGCCAGUAUUUUGUAGCCAUAGCAUCGCAAUACUACCAUAGUACUGGUAAACUGUGCAACCCUACUAACCACUCUACUAAAUCACUUGAUGUCUCGUCGAAACAACAUGUGGUAUAAUUCCUUAAUUCGCAUAGCAGUUUCUUUGUGGAACUUGUUUAAGAGUAAUAAUUUUAAAAAUUACCACUAGGUGUCACUAUAGAGAGGGGUUUCGAAACGUUUCGAAGCCUCGACACAUUUGCUUCGACUAUUUCAGUGUUUCGCGAAGCCUUGUUUUAACCACCACUAGUAAAAAGGGGCAUAGUAGGUCACCUUUAAAGAUUAAGAUAGGCUGAAGAUUGUAAUAUUUUACGUUUAAAAGUAACUUUACCCAACACUGGUGAUAAAUUUGAUGUGAAACUUUAACCCACAUACAGGGCAAUAAUGACAAUAUAUUCUAUGUAUGCAAAUGUUUUAUUGUCUUUUAGGAGUACUGAGUUUUAUAUGUGUAUUAUUUACAUAUACUUUAAUUAAAGUAGAGAUGAACAGAUCAACAGAUGCUGUCGAUGUACAUAUUCCUGCAGAUCUUGGAUUAAAUAGAAUGCGUGUAAAUUACUAAGAAGGUCUUUUCUGCAGGGAUGUCUUAUUCACUUUUGAUUCUAAUCGUUUUAAACUAAUUUAUCUGUAGUUCAUAUAAAUCUGGUGUAAAGGAAGUCUUGCUGUUCAAGGGCAAGCUACAUUAGCGCACGUGGGUUUACAGUUUUUGGAGAUCUGCUGAUCUACGAACAGAGAUGAGGUCUCCAUGUGUCUCUAUGUCUGGAACAUACAGAUGCGUUUGGCGCUUUUUUUCACUGUUGCAUUUCUUAAAACAUUUUUGUGCACAUGCUGGAUAAAUAAACAUUCAUAUUUUGAAGCUAAAAA